AUGCAAAUUCCCGAAUCUGUUGUGGGCGAUUCUUCUGAUGAGAUUACGACGGAGGAAAAUCUACAAGCAGUCUACUUCAACAAGACUAAAAGCGAACGGUCUCGGACUGCACAACCACUUUUACGAAGUGAUCUAUCCCUGUCCUUCAAAAUGUUGUUUUCUUUUUCCUUAGUCUUUGCAGCUUCGGCAUGCCUCCUUUCCGCAGCAGCUUCAUCAGAAUAUAUUAACGCUCACCUCGCCUACCUUGAGACCAGACAAGCGGUCAAUUGUACCAGUUUCAGCAGCGUUGCAAGUAGCACAUGCUGGGAUGAGCUGAACAUUUCCGGCUAUCUUGCGGAAUGGAACCGGACAGUGCCCAGUUGUCAGGUGCCUGGUAGUGACGGCAUGAACUGCUGCCAUCCCCAAGAGCCGUGGACAACAUGCUUCCUACGCUUUGCGUAUGCCAAACCAGGUUCAGAUUGUACUACGCUCAACUUUCAGCAAUGUGUUUUGAACCGGAUAAGUUCCGACCUCGGCCCGAGCAUUGCAUCAAAGGCCGGAUAUGUCGUGCGUAACAUUGUAGCCAUCAACAAUCUUUUCAGCUCGUACUAUGCUGCCUUACAAAGCGGUGACAUUGAUGGAAGCGACUCAGAAUACGCAAAACUCCAUCAAAUCCUUGCCGGAUAUGAGUUUGGUGCGGUACUCAACAAUGGCAACGUACUGAAGGCAUUGUUGGCUGGAUUACCAUUCUGGGGGAUACCGUCAGUCUUAGCAAGCGGACCACAACGGAUCAAUCCGGAUGUCAAUGUCGCUGCGGUACAGGCUUUCACACAGAGCCUACAGAACACAGAAGCAGUCAGCUCCAUCUUGUUGGGUUCGCCAUAUAACAUCAGCGAUUACAUGACCACAGAGACUGAUUUGGCCAACAUGACUGCUUGUACCGGAUAUUUGCUACAGUCAGCUCUCAGCCUUAUCAUGAGCGAUGUGCCAACAUUCACUUCCUGGGCUGCCCAUGGGCUUUACUCUGGUCCUACCUCCUUUAAUCUCCCGCAGCCAGCUGCCGGCAUAACAUCCGCUUUCACAACCUACUUGGUCGGCGAAACCCUGUCGCAGUCCCACUUCUCUGCAACACCCACGACGAAGACUUUCUUCAAAGAGGUCUUCCAGCACAGCCGCACAUGCACAUCUCUCGGCGAUGUCUGCAAAGACCAUAACGACAAAGCUUUCUACUGGAGUCAAGUCACCCAGAUGCAGUAUGAAAUCAACGAGCCCGACCACUGGGUGCUGUUUUCGGGGAGGCUACCUGUAAUAGAGGAAGUCGGGUACGAGGCAACUGCAUAUGGUCUGUUGGAAUACAUUGAAACGUCGAAUGUGGACAUGUCAGUGCUGUUUGACGGCGCUUAUGACUGCACUUUGGAGGGCAAGGCUGGAGGUUCGGCGGUCAAUAUCAAUGCGGACGGCUCGUUGGAUGUCGCUUGCCUGUCAUCGUUACCGAUCUACCUGUCGAAGGGCUCCUCUUGUCCUGCCGGCGCGGUGCAAGUCGGUGGAAAGUGCCCGUUUGGCUUCCAAGGGUAA